AUGUUUCAAAACGAAUUUGUUCUUGGUGAUCCACUUGAAUGGAAAAGAAGUCCAGAGUUCGAGAAUGUACGUGUUGCACAAUCGAAGAAGUUCUUCGGUGAUUUACAGAUUGAAUGGGUUUGUCCGAGGUUUUUUAUCCCCAUUAAGAGUUUUUCAAGGAGUUUCCCUCCGUUACCAAAUUUGAAAUUGCCUAACCCUGAACAAAUUAAGGGUAAAAAAUAUUAUAAAUGGCAUAAUGCAUGGUCACAUUUGACUAACAAUUGCUUGAUUUUCCGCCAUGUAUUGCAGGAUGCCAUUGAAUCAGGACGAAUUACGUUCGAUGAUAAGAAAAAGAUGGCAGUAGACGAGGAUCCUUUCCCACAGUCACUUGAAGUAAACAUGGUGACAUCUGGAUUCAAAAACAAGUUGCCAAAAUUCAAGUUGGUCAUAGAUGAUGGAGAAGAGGAUACUAAAACACAUCCCAGUGUCUUCGAACGAAUCAAGGGGAAAGAACCAAAAAAGGACGAAGACGUCCUGUGUGCAAGA